AGAAAAGGUAAAAAGCAAAUCAAAUAUCAGAAUGAAUACGUUGAGAGGAGAUUGUUAGAGUGUCUCAUGCCAUAAGGAGGUUUUCAUCAAUAUUACAUUAAUGGGUUUACCCGCAGCCAUCAAACUAAGACGGUCUAUUUGAGAAUAGGAUUACACGCAACCAUUUGAUGCAUUCUCCACAUCGCCAUGACGAUGACCACAUCCAGGUAGAGCGGAGGAGUAGAGCGAGCGGCUGGUAUUGACGGAGGAAUCCCCACCAUUAUCACUUAUUCAUUAUUUUCCUCCGCCCCCUCCUGCUCUGCACGGUGGAUGAGAGAGGGAUAUUUGCCUGGGGCGUUCCUUGUUGAAUGGAGGGCUGGUUAUAGGUAAUGCCCAGCCAACCGCGAUCCAAGGCAUAGGAUAGUUGAUAAUUGGCAUCUGGCCUGUGUUUAAUGCCACAAACCAAAGCUGCAUACUGCAUCAUCAACGGCCGUGAAUACACACAGACACACACGCACGCAUGCAAGCGUGAUCACGCCCGGACGGACUACCAGACAGGUGCGAUUGGAUACACUCCCCCUCACAUACUUACGCACGCACUGACGGAGACUUGUUGUCAACCUCGCACCCCACCCCCCUCCCCCCAGUUUUCUCCGGACUAUGGUGCCGAGGCGCGUGAACAAUCGCACGGCCAUGCAUCCUCAGAUGUCUUCGGACGAUGACGAGCCCUCGCUGCUCGACAAGUUUUCCUACUCGCUGAGUUUGGACGACCUCAUCGCAAACAUGUACAGCGUGCAUUCUUGGAGUUAUACCACCACCACUUUCCAUCCAGGCGGCGUGAGGACUCCACCCCAGACAACACAACAGCAACACCAACAACAUCAUCAGCAACAGCCACAGCAUACAACGACCAAUCGUGUGACGGCAGCGCCGCAUAAGCCUCUCAUCCAGGACAGGCACGUGACGGGGGAUGCGAGCCGGAAGUGCAACGGGCUCCAUGCGUUGGAGAAGUCUCCAGAGAUCAAGAAGGAGGAGAAGUCAGGACCGGUAAGUCCUUACGGCACUCAUGUGUGCUUUUUUUAGUGAUAGAAGGAGUGAUGUGCAAUGUUGUUUGUGUGAAUUAAGAAAAGUUGGUCUUGGAUCUUUUAAAGGUCAAGUC